AUGAAGUCGUCCGACAUCUUUCAUGCGUGCAGGUACACACCCAUCUUGCUCAAGAGUCGCACCCAUGAUAGCGGGGUCAACCAGUACGGCCUGAAACCCACCAACUCAUACGACUACCUGAAUCCGACAAACUUGGUGAACUUUGGGCGCGGCACCGCUUUCGACAACCUCGGCGUGCGCCGCUCCGAGCGAGGCCAAAUUGACUCGUCCCCCUCGCUCGGUGGUUCGCCUGUGUUCACGCAGGCAAAGCUACUAGGGUUGAGCGGCGACGACCAGCUCCGCCUCUGCGAGUCGGAGACUACGCAGUUGCGGAUGUGCAUGGUGAAGGGCGGCAGCACCUGCGAGCGCGAGAGUCUUCUGCUGGACUCGUGCCUCUCCAAGGUCGGCCAUUUGCGCCGUGCUAUUAGCCAAGCCGGCUCCGAGUUCAACGACUGGUUUAUUCAGAAUGUGUCUGACAACCACACGAAGCCGUUUCAGCACCGUCCACACGACUGGCGGCACUACUACGCACAGGAGAAGCUUGUGCGUGAGAAGCAGCAGAACGGGCACGCGUACGGGCGGCGGCCGAAGGAGUUCUCUUUUGGUGCUCGCUAUGUUAAGACGGAGGGCUACGGCAAGCGACCGCGUCUGCCAUAUAACAAGUGA